AUAAGCCCUAAUUCUCUUUCUCUCUCUCCAUAUUUAUUAAUAAUCAAAAUUCUUUUUUUUUUUUUAAUUUUAAUUUUCUCUCUCUAAGCAAAUGCAUAUUUAUCAGAAAUCAACAAAUCGUUUCUUUAUGUAAUCUAUAAUCCGUUUGGUCGGAGGACAACACCAUCUUUCCAAAUUCUCAUCUUUGCUUCUUACAGUUUCGAAUUUCAACAAGGGGAAGAGAUUUUGGUUGCUAUGUCUAUCGCUUUAGAAAGUAGUCGAGCGAUGAAAGAGAUCGAACCUUCUGGAUAUCCGCGCGGAGGGAUUGCGUGCGUCCCCACGCCGGCGAUCUUCGAGUCGCAGGCGGAGAGGAGAGCGGUGGAUAAGAAGGAGGAGGGGGCGGAGGUGAAUGAAUGUAGCACAUCGGCAUCAUCAACGACAUCGUCCAUCGGAAAGAAUAGCGAUCUGUCGGGGAGAGAUUCAUCGGAUGGCGAAAAUUGUGAGGAGGAAAAUGAGGUGCAAAGCGCGUACAAGGGAACGCUUAAAUCCAUGGAUGCCUUGGAGGAGGCUUUGCCCAUGAGGAGAGGCAUAUCAGUAUUUUACAAUGGUAAAUCAAAGUCCUUCACCAGUUUGGCUGAGGCAUCAUAUUCUCCCUGUAUUAAAGAUAUAGCAAAACCAGAUAAUGCAUACUCAAGGAGACGCAGAAAUUUACUUGCCCUCAGUCAUGUGUUGGACAAGAAUAGAUGUUUCCCUCACCGAAGUAAUGGGGGUGGGAUAUCUAAAAGACCAAUUAGCUCAAGCCGAAGCACAUUGGCUCUAGCAGUUGCUAUGAGUAACUCUGAGAGUACCGGUAGCACAAGUGAGGAUUCCACUUCUAGCUCAAAUUCGAAGUCUCAGCAUCUUCCUCCUCUGCAUCCACGAUCAAUGGCUUCUGACAAUAAUCUAGCUUCGUUGCCAUCUCCGCAGCAAAAAUUCUCUCCUUGGCGAUCAUUCUCGGUGGCUGAUUUACAGCAAUGUGCCAGUAAUACAGCUACCCUUGACAAAACCGUUCACUAACUUGACGUUUUCAUGUACUUCUAUCCAACCCUAUAUAGACUUCAUUGCCAUGGGGUCACAGGGAAAGGGUUUUUGUCUUUUUUGUUUUUUUUCCCUCUAGUGUUUUCGAUGGAGUUUCAAUUCCUUUUAUCCCCUGUAUGCUUCUUGUUUUUAACCAUAUGAUAGGUCACUUGAUGAAUACAGACGUACUUUGGUUUCAGCUAAA